GGCGAGUUCCUUGGCUUUCUUCAGCAGCCCAUUACGGCGUUUGGAGAACGUCACUUGCCUAGCGCUUUUAUCCUCGAUUCGCUUUAUCUCCAGCUUCUUCCGGCCCAUGACCACAAAACCAAGAAAUUAGUUAAAGAUUUGGCAUACGUUCAGCAAAUUUAUGACUGGUUUAUAAAGAGGAGGAUGGUGCAAUACCACGAGUUGCCUUAGGCGGAAGAAGACGCAGUUAGGCUCCUUCAAGUCUAUGGUAUCUUUGAAGAAUUUGUAUCAAUUAUACAGCUAAAAAAUGAAGCCAAGUUUGGUAAGAUCAUUUAGGUUGACUAGAUGUUUGCCCUCAAUGACAUAAUUUGUCAUGUUAAUAUCACUCGAUAUUUUCUAGUAUUUUUUCCUCAAUACAAAGCAUUUCAAAUUCAGACUCCGCCAUCUAUGUACUUAUGGUAAAUCAGUAAACAUUGGUUUAAUUAAUUUUUUUUUGAUAUGUAUGUUGCAAGAAUGAUAAGUAAUUUCAUAUAUGUUGCAAGAAUGAUAAGUAAUUUCAUACUCUAUUUUCAUUAUUUUUUCUAUGUAAAGAUUCGGAUCGAACUUUGACGGUUGGUUUGAUUCCAGUUCAACUUAUAGUUAAUAUAUAGAACUAAUGGUUUCCCUUUUUAUGAUAUUCAUGAUACUUGGUUCGAUUUGAUUUCCUUUAUAGUUUGAUCGAAUUAGAUUGCACCCACUCUUACAAAAGAAUAACGACAUUAACAACAAAUUACGAUCCAUCUAUUAGGGACCCAUGGACACAAAUUAUAUAUUUUGGGAGAUAUGAUCAUCAAAAAUAUUAAGUGGAGUCCAAGUUACAUCUUUAAAUGUUUGAGGACCUCAAAUGAAAAUUAGCCUGGAAAGUUGAUGGUCCAAUACGGCAAUACCACGAGUUACCUUAGUCGUACGUCUUAAAGCAUAUGGUUAAAAAUCUUGCUUCUUUAAAAUAUAUAAUUUCUAUGUUGUUACAUUCAAUAACUUAUCAUCCGUUCCUCUAUUGGAAAUUUAAUACCCAUUUCUUUUUAUUUUUAUUUUUAUUUUUUUUGUUAUUUGUUGUUUUGUCUUUAAUAUCUCAACCAAUUGAACCCUAGGACAACUCAAAAUAUAAACGCAGUAUAGAACAAAAGUUUAAUCAUUAUCUGAUUAUGAGUGCAGGUAUCUUUGAAGAAUUAGCCUCGAUUAUGCACCUCAAAAUGAAGCCAUGUUUGGUAAGAUCAUUUAGGUUGACUAGAUGUUUGCCCUCAAUGACAUAAUUUGUCAUGUUAAUAUCACUCGAUAUUUUGCAGUAUUUUUUUCUGAAUACACAACAUUACAAAUUCAGACUUAAGACUUUUCUCAUUAAUGCUGCCUAUGUACUUAUGGCAAGUUAGUAAGUAUUUGAUCUGGAAUGGACAAAGUUAAUACUCAAUCCGUUCCAUUUAUAUAGGUUUGUUUUGUUUUUCACACGAAUUAAAAAUGGUGAGGUGGCCGAGAGUGGAGAAAAGAGAGAGAUGAUAUGUGAGAGGAGAGAAAAAGAGUUAGUUGAGAGGAGAGAAAAGUCGAAAGUGAAUUUCUUUGCAAAGGGAGGUGAGUUGAAAAAGGCAAGGUUGAUAAAAGGCCAAUGUUAUUGUUAGUAUACAAAGAGUCCCUCCUCAGCUUCGAGGAGUCUAACACACCCCUCCCUAGUUUUGUUAAGUCUUUGUUGCAGGAAUUCGAAGAUGUGUUCCCGAAAGAUAUGCCAAAUGGGUUGCCACCAAUUCAAGGAUCGAGUACUAGACUUCAUACCUGAAGCUGUCAUUCCAAACUAACCAGCUUACCAAAGCAAUCUUGAGGAAACAAUGGAGCUUCAGAGGCAAGGUAAGGAGUUGAUGAGCAAAGACUAUGUGAGGGAGAGCAUGAGUCCAUGUGCUGUGCUUGUUCUGUUGGUGCCAAAGAAGGAUGAGACUUGGAGAAUGUGUGUGGACUGCAGAGCUAUCAACAACAUAUCGAAGAGGAAUAUAUUGCAGCCACAUAGGCUAAGAAAGAAGCUUUAUUGCAUAAAGGUACUGUUGUUUUGUGUUAGUUGGAUGACUACUAUGUGGUACAUGUCCAUUGGCAUCAAAGUUGAGAUUUGUUGGAAUGUGAUGCCAAACUACUCUACUUAAACAAUUUCCCAGUAACUUGGUUGGUUGGUUGGUUGGCCAAAAACCCUGAUCCAUUACAUUGAAAACGUGUUUGGAGAAAGGAGCGUUUGUUGCAACUCAACACUUCUGCUUUCUAAUUUAUUAGAAGCCCUUGAUAGUUGGAUCGAGAUUGAGAUCAAUCGCCAUUUGAGAUGGUUUCCAAAUUCUUGCGUCUUUCUCUUUUCGUGUUCUUCUUCCAAACCUCUGGCUGGAAGUUAAUUCUUUUGAUUUUCUUUGUAAAUAUAAACACUGUGUGUGUUUGUAUAAAGAGAAAUGGGGUGAUUAAUAGUGGCUUUCUUAAAUUGAUAAGUGAGUGAUUUAUGAUUAGGAUUCGAUUUAAGGUUUUGUGUGGCCAAAUAGAAGGGUACAAUUGAGUCUGAGCCCUUUGAUCCUUUUUCCCCCAAUAUUUCCUUGAUGCUUUUGGAGGGAUAUCACCGAUCAAGUGGAAGGAACUGUAUUCGCUGCAAUAUUCUGAAUUACUUUAAUUUUUUGUUGCUCUUAGUUCAAAGUUUUAU